AUGGGCACUGAUUGUGACGACAAAUCCGAGGUGCGCUUAGAGGCUCUGGCGGAUCUCCAAGUUCCUUGUGACAUUUGUAUCUCUCCCGAUGGGACCCAAAUUGCCUAUAUACUGCAGGUUUACAGCAAGAAGGGUGAGUAUGUCACCUCCGUACUAUGGAUCGUCAAAGUCGGCGAAGAAAACAGCAGUCACCAGUUCACUUCGGGCCUAUCAAAUGAUGUACAGCCCAACGGUCCCCCACGGGAACAAUGA